GUAUAACUGUUUGCAUUCCCCCUUUCUUUCUCAACACGAAUGCAUGACCAAGAAUUAAAAAAACGCGUCGCCCCACUAACUAAAUCUUGCGUUCAUGCGAGUACGGCAUUGCAGGCUGAUACUGUUAGUGUUACUGUUAGGAUUAUGUACCCUUGUGUUGAUUCAAUACUAAACAUAUGGAAAGUUUAUAGAAAAUCCAUAGUCCAAAUAAUUAUGACGUCUGGCAAGGCUAUUUUGAUUUUUUUCUUGGACGCCUUCCUGCGACCAAAAUAGCCUUGCCAGACGUCAUAAUUAUUUAGACUAGAACAUGGAUCCACAGCCUUUUCUUUUUAAUCUUGUUCCCUCAAAUAAGGCAAUUUAAUAACUGAUAGAUAUCGGAGUAUUGCUCGAAAUUUCCUCAAAACAAGUUUAUUACUGUAGUUAUAAUAAUGGUUAAAACAAAUAAAAAAUGAGCUCAAAUUAAGUACACCUUUUAGGGUGCACUUGACUGGCUCAGCACCACUCCAGAUGUUUGGGAAUUUACAGGUUGCUUAUAUUUUUUUGUAAACAAUUAAUAAACACAAGCAAAUUUUCGAAAAGCAAAAGAUGGCAACAUACCCAGAUCAUGAACAUGAUGAAGAGCAAGAAGAGUCUAUUUUUGAAAUUUUUUUCCAAGACUUGGACGAAACGUUAUCAUAUUGUGAAAAUAUCCCAGAUAACCCUCCAAAUUGUGACAUAGAAUACUUUCGCAACAGAUUGAAAAGUGCAGUGGAUGGCUUAAAUUGUUUAGAAUUUAAUUUAGUUAUAAAUAGAGCUGAUCAGAGCUUAAUUGAGAAAAUUCAAACCCUAUUAUCUUGUCUUCAGCCCCUGAGAGAACAUUGGAGCACGAUAGAUUUUUCUAUGCCAUCUAGUUUCUUGAGCAUUGUUGAUGGAGCAGGAUGUAUUUCAGCGACUGAUAGGCUGGGAAGGCCUCCUGCUUUUAUAUGCACCGACCAAGUGGAAUAUUUGUUUAAAAUUGGUUUUAAGAUAGGUGAAAUAGCCAGAAUGUUCUUAGUGCACAGAACAACACUAUGGAGACGACUUAAAUAUGAGGAGAAGAAUCUGGUUAGACAUACUAUGAUAAAUGAUUCAGAAUUGAUGUCAGUGAUGCGAGAAAUCGUUAACAGUCAACCACAUACUGGUGUGAGUAUGAUGAUUGGCCACUUAAAAGCAAAAGGUAUAAGUGUGCAACAGUCACGUGUAAGGAGAACUCUGCGUGAUAUUGAUCCAGGAAGCACCUUGAUACGAUGGGGCUUAACUGCAGUUCGCAGGAAAUACUCAGUUGCAGGGCCUAAUGACCUAUGGCAUAUUGAUGGACACCAUGCGCUGAUCCGCUGGAAAUUAGUAACACAUGGAGGUAUUGAUGGUUUUUCGCGAUUAAUAGUGUUCUUAAAAUGCUCGAACAACAACUUGGCGGUCACUGUUUUGAACUCGUUUUUGAAAGCAGUUGAAUCGUACUCAUUACCAUCUCGAGUCAGAGGUGAUCAAGGAAGUGAAAAUGUUUUAGUUGCUAGAUAUAUGGAAGAAAGGCGAGGCUCUGAUCGUGGUAGUUUUAUAGCAGGAAAAUCUGUGCACAAUAGCAGAAUUGAAAGGCUUUGGAGAGAUGUUUAUUAUGCUGUAAUUCAAACAUUCUAUUCAUUGUUUUACUAUCUAGAAGGAAAUGAUCUGCUAGAUGUUGAUAAUCAAAAGGAUCUGCUGUGUUUACAUUAUGUGUUUAUACCUCGUAUCAACGAAGCACUCUCUCAAUUCGUAGUGGCAUAUAAUAGUCAUGGGUUAAGAACAGAACGUUGUUGGUCACCACAAAAGAUCUGGGUGAACAGCAUGAUUCAAAAAAACAUUCAUUCAGCUGAACUGAAUAGUGAAAAUAUUUUAAUUGAUGGAAUUGAGCAGUAUGGAAUAGACCCUCAAGUUAAUGAUGUUCAAACACAUGGUGAAGAUAUUGGCUCAUUGGACAUGCUGAAUAUGCAACCAGAUCAUGUAAUUGUAGAUGUGGAUAACUUGUUGAGUCAGGUUGACCCUCUUAUUCCAAGUAAUGAACAUGGAGUUGAUGUUUAUCUUGCUGCAAGAGAGAUUGUACGACAUGAUGAUGUGUAGAAUUAGAUAAAAAUAAAACUCUGUUUUUUUUUA